CGAUUGCAGCGUAGAGGUUCUAUAUCUCGUGGAACGAUAAGCGUGCAAGUGCUAUAGGGCCGCAGGGUGCCGCGUUUAGCAGUGCUCAACUCAGCUCUCCCAGCACCAGACUGACAGCUGUGAAAUCGUCACGCCGGCGCGCACGUAACGCACCAAGAAGGGCUCACCAAACGCAUCAGUUCAAAAGCGUUUGUAGCCGGCCGAGAGAACGGCACGCGUCGACGGCGCGCGCCGGAGUUGCUGUAGCACACAGCAAGCACUCUGAUGCGGUGGACCAUGGCGCUGCUGCUCACGAUGCGGCGCUGCGUAGCAUUGCGCGCGCCGGCACCGUUGUACCGCCGACGUUGUCUCACAGCGAUGCUCGACACGACGACCGAGCCGCUCGACGCGGCGACCGUCGACUGGCGCGGCCUCCGGGCCGAGGCGGCGCGGCGUCUCGAUCGGGCCACGAAGAAGAUCGCGAAGAAGUCGGCCAAGAAUAAACAGUUGCCCGAGAGUGUCGAGGCGCUCAAGAAGACGGAGGCCGAGCGCGACCGACUGAAGGAACUCGUGGAUGCCCUCAACGCCGUGGACGGCUCGGCGGAGGCACUGACGCUGGCGAACGCGCUCGGCGUGCGCGACGCGCCGCCGCCGCGCCAGCCGCGCGUCGGCCGCGUCUCUCUCGUACGACGCCGUGUCGACGCCACGUCCCCACGCAGGCGCGGGCCCAAGAAGAAGAAGGGCCCGUCGUCCACCGCGCCGCGCCUGCCCUACAACGCCUUCGCCAGCGAAAGCGGCGUCGAGAUCCGCGUCGGAAGGCGAGCGAGCGACAACGACCUGUUGAGUUGCGAUUUUCGGUAUCGGGACGGCGCCGACUGGUGGCUGCACGCCGCCGGGUGCCCGGGCAGCCACGUCGUGAUCCGGUCGCACGACGACAAUUUGCCGGCGAACGACGGCGACGCGGUCCGCGACGCCGCGUGCCUCGCGGCGCUCUUCUCGAAAGCAAUCGCGAAGCCGCCGCCGGGCCGCGAGCACGAGGCCUCGGGCCGCGCGUCCGUGUCUUUAACACGCGCGCGGCACGUCUCCAAGCCGCCCGGCGCGAAGCCCGGUUUGGUGGCGCUGAAGGGCGACGUGACGACGAUCCGCGUGGACUUGGGUGCGGAGGGGAAGCGGCUCAAGCGGCUCAUGGCGACGAAGGACGUUGUGAAGUAAGUUUAUCCAC